UUCCUUGUUGUGAGCGUCGGCCCGGCAGUGUCCGGACUCGUAGCCCCGCCGUCCUUACCGGGACCCCUAGCCCAAGUCUAGGUCGCAGCCGCAACCCCAGCCGGUCGAGUCCCUUUUAGCGCAGGUCCUUUCCCCGCACGCCCCGCGCUCCCUAACAUGCCCAACCCCAGCAGCACCUCCUCUCCCUACCCCCUCCCCGAGGAAAUUAGGAACCUGUUGGCAGAUGUUGAAACAUUUGUAGCAGACGUACUGAGAGGGGAAAAUUUAUCCAAGAAAGCAAAGGAAAAGAGAGACUCCCUCAUUAAGAAGAUAAAAGAUGUAAAGUCUAUCUACCUUCAGGAAUUUCAAGGCAAAGGUUAUAUAGAAGAUGGAGAAGAAUAUGAUGACCCUUUUGCUGGGCCUCCAGACACUAUUUCAUUAGCCUCAGAAAGAUAUGAUAAAGAUGAUGAGGCCCCCUCUGAUGGGAACCAGUUCCCUCCAGUUGCAGCACAGGACCUUCCUUUUGUGUUAAAGGCUGGCUACCUUGAAAAACGCAGAAAAGAUCACAGCUUUCUGGGAUUUGAAUGGCAGAAACGGUGGUGUGCUCUCAGUAAAACAGUGUUCUAUUAUUAUGGAAGUGAUAAAGACAAACAACAGAAAGGUGAAUUUGCAAUAGAAGGCUACAAUGUCAGAAUGAAUAACAGUCUUAGGAAGGAUGGAAAGAAAGAUUGCUGUUUUGAAAUCUCUGCUCCUGAUAAACGUAUCUAUCAGUUCACAGCAGCUUCUCCCAAAGAUGCUGAAGAAUGGGUACAGCAACUGAACUUUGUAUUACAAGAUAUGGGGUCUGAUGUUAUUCCUGAGGAUGAUGAUGAAAGAGGAGACUUAUAUGAUGAUGUUGAUCAUCCUCUACCAGUCAGCAGUUCACCAGCAAGCAGCCAGCCAAUUGACGAUGAAAUUUAUGAAGAACUUCCAGAAGAGGAAGAGAAUGGAGCUCCGCUGAAAGUGGAGGGGCAAAGGAAGAUGAGUCAGGACAGUGUUCACCACACCACAGGAGAUAAAAGCACCGAUUAUGCUAAUUUUUACCAGGGUUUGUGGGACUGCACAGGAGCUCUUUCUGAUGAAUUGUCAUUUAAACGUGGUGAUGUGAUUUACAUUCUUAGCAAGGAAUACAAUAGAUAUGGCUGGUGGGUAGGAGAAAUGAAGGGAGCCAUUGGCUUGGUGCCGAAAGCCUACAUAAUGGAGAUGUAUGAUAUUUGAGAGUCCUGGGGAGACGGCCUCGGAGCCUUCACAAUCUGAUCUUUAGUCACGGCAUUUAAAAAAAAAAAAAAAGAAAAAAGCCAUAAAGCCGGUAUGGUAGUCACUGCAACUUUGAGACACAAAGAAUGAAGCCCUCUUAUAAUCCACUAUUAGAAUGAGAAUCUAAGUUACAUUGGAAGCAAAAGAUAAAAUGGUAAAAUGCAAUAAUUUCCUUUAACAAAGAUCAUGUCCAGUUUUCAGAAUUAUGAUAUCAUGUUGAACAUAAUUGUGGAAGCACCCCUCACGCUGUAUUUCUUAUAUAACUGGUACAUUAACAUUAGAAAAGCAGAGUGAUAUUGAAUUCUAAUGAGGUCUGGCCUAUAUGCUCUGCUAGGAAAAGAAUGAGGAUCAUUCAUUUGUAUUCUACAAAGCGCUGGGAAAUCCACGCGCAUCUCUGUGGCUUCAGCGCGUGGUGCUGAUCAUCUGUUCCUAUUCGGGGGCGGGGGGUGGGGGAGGAUUCAUUGCUUUGAACAGCCUCUGAGCUGGGGAAAAUAGUUAACCACUUUCCUUAGUGGUUGUUUCCUAAUGACUAUUUAAUAUGGUUGCUUUCUUAUAUGCAUUUGCUUUACCUGUUCUCUUCAAGGAUCUUAAAAAUUGUGAUGCAUGUGUUGGUGACAACAUACCUCUGUAAAACCCAAACAAAGAAAUUCAGUAGAGUAAAUGUGAUUUCACCAUCCUUGGUAAACAUGUCGGUUUUAAGUAAACAAUGAGAUGACAGUGAGAUAUUUGUUCAUUUUUUUUAAAUCUGAAAAAUGCUCCAUUUGGUCUGAUACUGGCUGUUCAGGAAAAACUGCAUUCAUUUGUGAGUCUUGCUGACAUUCAGAGAAAACAGCCCAUUUUGGAAAGUUAUAUUUAGCCAAACCAAGGAAUGAAAGAUUUUAGCAAAUUGCCACGUAAAAUGAUCUGCACAAAAAGGCAUGGGGGAAGUGAGCUAAGGCCUGUGCCAAACAGAUGGCACCCCCUGCUGUGUUUUUGAUUGAAAAAGAAAGGUAACAUUUGCAGCCACGUCAAAGAGACUGUGAUCAGCUAAACAAAUUGGUCUCCGAAGUACCCCAUCGCUGGAGCAAACCCUGCUGCAGGGUACAAGUGAGGCUGUAUUUCAAAAUAAUGCUAUGUUUGCGGCUUUCCUAAGUGAGGGGAUCGGUCCCCUUUUCAUGCAGCAAAGGAAGAUGAGGUCUUUGUUGAAGUCGACUGUGGUAUUAUCGGCAGAAUAGGCAGUAGAACU